AUGGCUCCCAAGAAUAACGCCAAGGGCGGUGACAAGAAAGGCGCCGCAGCCAAGGGCAAAGGCAAAGAUGCCGGCGACGACAAGGGCAAAGUCAAAGGUGCACAGUCGAUCAAUGUGCGACAUAUCCUGUGCGAGAAACAUGCCAGGAAGGAAGAAGCUCUCGAAAAGUUGCGCAACGGGACCAAAUUCGAUGAGGUCGCUCGUGAAUUCUCCGAGGAUAAGGCCCGACAAGGAGGCUCCCUCGGGUGGAAGACCAGAGGAGAUCUGGAUCCGGCCUUUGAAAAGGUGGCCUUUGAGCUAGAGCCAAGCACGACUGCAAAGCCCAAGUACCAAGAAGUCAAGACUGGAUUUGGAUAUCAUAUUAUCAUGGUUGAGGGACGCAAGUAG